GGCUGGAGGCUGCGGCCGCGGCACAGUUCGGCCGCUCAGCGGGAGGGAGGCGCGAGGCAGGACCCGGCGGCUGGGCUCUGCGGCGCCUCCAGCGCAGCGCAGCGCGGCGCCCCGGGUCCGGGUCCGGGUCCGGCCCCAUGCCCGCAGCCCUGCCGGACCGCCCUUGAGCGCGGGCGCCUCGCCCGCGCCCCCCGCCCGCCGGCACCAUUGCCCCGACGGCGCGGCCGGGUGGCCCGGCGCUCCCCAGGCUGCGCGCCGGCCGGAAGACGCUGCUGGCGGCCGCCGCGGGCGUGGUGAUGCUGCUGGUGCUGGUGGUGCUCAUCCCCGUGCUGGUGAGCUCGGGCGGCCCUGACGGCCACUAUGAGAUGCUCGGAACCUGCCGCAUGGUGUGCGACCCCUACCCCGGGCGGGGCCCCGGCGCCCGCGCGCGGCCCGACGGCGGAGACGCCCUGAGCGAACAGAGCGGCGCGCCCCCGCCCUCCACGCUGGUGCAGGGCCCCCAGGGGAAGCCGGGCCGCACCGGCAAGCCUGGACCGCCCGGGCCUCCCGGAGACCCGGGUCCUCCGGGCCCCGUAGGGCCGCCCGGGGAGAAGGGUGAGCCGGGCAAGACCGGCCCUCCCGGGUUGCCGGGCGCGGGGGGCAGCGGCGCCAUCAGCACCGCCACCUACACCACGGUGCCGCGCGUGGCCUUCUACGCCGGCCUCAAGAACCCUCACGAGGGUUACGAGGUGCUCAAGUUCGACGACGUGGUCACCAACCUAGGCAACAACUACGACGCGACCAGCGGCAAGUUUACGUGCAACAUCCCCGGCACCUACUUCUUCACCUACCACGUCCUCAUGCGCGGCGGCGACGGCACCAGCAUGUGGGCUGACCUCUGCAAGAACGGCCAGGUGCGGGCCAGUGCCAUUGCCCAGGACGCAGACCAGAACUACGACUACGCCAGCAACAGCGUGAUCCUGCACCUGGACGCGGGCGAUGAGGUCUUCAUCAAACUCGACGGGGGCAAAGCGCACGGCGGCAACAGCAACAAAUACAGCACGUUCUCCGGCUUCAUCAUCUACUCUGAUUGAGCUCCCCGAGUCCCUGGUUACCCCCCGGGCUCCUCGUCCUGCUGGGCAAUGGAUGACCCGUCCCCCGCCCACCUCUCUGCUGCCCAACCCGGCUGCGCCCCCGUCCUGGCCGCAGCGCAGCCUGCGCUGUAUAUUUGUACAAUAGGAUUGUUUAUUGCCCACCCCUCCCGCCAGUCCGCCCAAGCCUGGGGACCGGUCUGGUGCGGCAGAGUCAGAUGCGCUGCCCUCCUGCUCCCGCUCCGGCUCCGGGGGUGGUGCCACCUGGGGAAGGGCUGGGAGGGGGACUGGGUAGCUCCCCAGCACCCUUUAAAGCCCUACCCCCAGUCGCUCCCCGUCUGACCAAAGCUAUAAUAAAAACACUUGCACCCCA